AUGGACGCCAUCUCGCAGCUGAUGGUGCAGGUCGAGGAGGCCAACGCCCUGUGCGGCGAGCUGGCGAGGGCGCUGCCUUCCAUGCUCCCCGUGGAGCUGGACGUCGGCAUGACCUUCAGCUUCCAGCCAGGCAGCCGACCACCCGCUGUCAUUGUGCAGGUCUGGGCACGCCGCCCCGCCGAGGACCCCGGGCCCCCGCGGCUCGUCGCCGCCUGGCCGCCCGCGGAGUUCGACCACCGGCUCGUGGGGCUGCGCGACGCGCACCGCGAGGCCGGUCCCCUCCCCGAGGAAGGUCUCGGCGGAGGCAGCGGCGUCUGA